UCAUGUGAUUUUAUGGUCUGCAUGCGUAAACCUGACAGAUAUCUGACAGAUCAAUAUACACGCAGGGAGAAGGAUGGAUAACUCUGACAAGACCGAAAAAUUCCAGCUGCACGUUCCUAAUCUCGAGGAACUCCGUCAGGUGCUGGAAUCAGGACUCAAUAAGAAUUUUUCAGAUGUAAAAGUGUCUGUCACAGACUGUCCAGAUCUUACACAGCAGCCUUUUGGGUUUCCUGUCAAGGGUCUGUGCGGCAAACCUCGUAUUACUGAUGUAGGAGGUGUGCCUAAUCUGAUUCCUUUGGUCAAACUGGACAAGGUGUACAACAUGAACAGUGUAUCUAAGGAGGUAGAGCUGCCUGGUGCAUUUAUUCUUGGUGCUGGUGCCAUCUCUUUUAAGACUGCUGGAAUAAAUGGAGAGUUAAUGCCGCUAGUGCUGACUGAAGCUGAGGGGAGACCUGCAGUGAAUGGCAGUUAUUUUUCCUCCAUCAACCCAGAGGAUGGAAAAUGUCUGCAGGAGAAAUACAGCGACAGGUUUGAUGACUGUGACUUUGGCCUUCUCGCAAACCUCUAUGCAUGUGAGGGCAAACCUGGAAAGGUGAUUGAGGUGAAAGCCUGCAGAAGGACUGGAGAGGACAGUCUCGUGAGCUGCAUGAGAAAGACCAUGGCAGAACAUUAUGGAGAGAAAAGCGUGGCACUGGGAGGAACUUUCAUCAUACAAAAGGGGAAGGCAAAGAUCCACAUCAUGCCACGUGAGUUCUCUGUCUGCCCUCUAAACACCGAUGAUGACGUCAAUAACUGGCUUAGGCAUUUUGAAGUCAGCGCACCACUGAUCUUUCAAACCGUCAUGAUAUCCAGAGACCCAGGUCUUGACCUGAGAGUGGAGCACACGCAUGGCUUCAGCCAUCAUGGUGAGGGGGGGCAUUACUACACGGACACCACCCCAAACACUGUGGAGUAUCUGGGAUACUUCCUGCCUGCUGAAACUGUCUACCGCAUCGACCGACCCACAGAGACGCACAAUGUUGGCAGAGACUAAACUAUUCACAGUUCUGAUUUUAAAUACAGUAAAAACGUUUGAAAUGCUAAUAA